CAAAAACAACAAACUCUAGCAACAGCGCAAAAAAAAACGGUACCUGCGUUGGUAGAGACGCAAAAUCAAAAUUUUAUUUAUUAUUCGGCUGUCGUUAGUAAUAGACGCGUACGAUUGAAAUUGUUUAAAACUAAAAUAAGUGCAAAAUAAUUGAUUCAGCGAUAUUGCCAUUCUACCGUUAACUGCUACUUAAAUGCGCGAUAGCCACUGAUAACGCAACAAUUCUUAAAGGCAUCCGAAAAUUGUAAAAUAUGUCUGCGAUAAGCACUUGUCGCCACCUCGUAACACACGCUUGCUGACUGCAAUAGCCGGGGCUGCCGCGUUGUUAACUUGGCAAAUACACAUAAACAACAAAAGACAUACUUCGUCAUGUGAAAUUUUCACUAAACAACAAACGCUUAAAUAACUAAUAACUAGCUAAAAACAUAAACAAUAAAAAAUAUUCAGUAGGUUUACAUACUAAAAUAUCGCUUACGAAAUAAGAUGGAAUUGCUGCAACGUUUGCUGUACACCGCCUUAAGUGCUGCCUCAAUUAUAUAUUUCAUAGUCAAAGCGAGCCUCUCGCAUUGGAAACGGCGUGGUAUAUUACAUGCAAAGCCGAAAUUCUUAGUUGGUAAUUUGGGUGGCGUUGGUGGUAAACGCCACAUAAGCACCGUACUGGAGCAACUUUACGAAAAGUACAAAGGUCAAGCACCCUUCAUAGGUUGUUAUGCAUACUUGAAACCGAUGGUUUUAGUAUUGGAUUUAGAUUUGGUGCGCAAUGUACUGAUAACACAUGCGACACACUUCAGGGAGCGUGGUGUAUUCGGUAACGCGCCACAUGAUCCACUCUCGGCGAAUUUACUGCAACAAGACGGCGCAGAUUGGCAACGUCUCAACACUGUUGUGUGUCCAGCUUUUGCUGAAGAGAAAAUUUCACAAAUGUUGCCAACGUUGGAGAAAGUCGCCAGCACAAUGCAACGUUCUUUGGCACAAGCGGCGGACGAUAAUGCAGUACCGAUAAAUCAUUUGGUGGAUUGUUAUAAUAUUGAUGUGAUUUCGACACUGGCAUUUGGUAUUAGCGGUGAAACGCUAUUAAAUUCCGAUACUGAAUUUCGACGUAUGGCGCGUAGUUACCUCAAAGACUUCAAUAUGUUUCGUCUGUAUUUCCUUAUGUAUUUUCCAAAUGUUGCACGCUUGUUACGCUACAAAAACUACGAACAAGCUGCCACUGAUUACUUUCUUAAGUUAGUGCGUCAGAAGCUCUUCGAACAGGAGUGGAGUCGCUUGGAUAAGCAUAAUAGUUUCUUUCACAUGUUUGCCGAGUUGAAACGAGAUCGCGACCCAAAAAGACGUUUGAGUGAUGAAGAAAUAGCAGCACAGGCAUUUUCAUUUAUCCUCAUGGGCUUAGAAACAUGCAACUCGGCGAUGACAUUCUGCUUGUAUGAAUUAGCGCUGCAGCCGGAUUUGCAGCGGCGUGUACAGGAAGAAAUACAUAAAGUGCUCAAGCGUAAUGAAAAUGGUAUGGAUAGCAAAAAUUUGAAAGAUAUGAAUUUGCUGAGACAAUGUUUGAAUGAAACUUUGCGCAAACAUACACCAUACGCUUUCAUACUGCGCAACACGAAUGCGGACUACGAAGUGCCCAAUACUAUAUUCAUGCUGCGACCAGACAAUCAUCUAGUCAUACCAAUCGCGGCUAUACACCGUGAUCCAGUGCUUUAUCCCGAGCCGAAUAAAUUCAAUCCGGCACGCUUUAGUGAGGAAAAUAUUAAACAGCGUCAUCCAAUGGCUUUCUUACCUUACGGUGCCGGUCCACGUUACUGCCUCGCGCGACAUUUUGCCGAACAACAAAUGCUGGUUGGGCUUGCAACGCUGUUGCGUGAUUACAGCUUCAGUCCAUGUCGCGAAACACCGAUUCCACUGGUGUACGAUAACACACGCUUGGUACUUACACCAAAAGGCAAAUUAAAGUUGAAAGUACAGCGUGUGUGAAUCGCGUACAAGUGCUGCUUAAAAUAGGGAGAGUAAUAUAAAAAAAAAACAUAUUUAGACAUUCUUAUGGCACAAUUGACAGUUGUGUACAAAAUUUAAAAAUGUUAUAUUAAUUCACUUCUUAAGAUAAUGUAACUUACUAUGUGUAGUAAUUCCGCCUUAUAUUCUUUAAGAUAUGUAUGUACAUAUAUUUUAUUGUUUUUAAGUUACAAUUUCGCCUCAUGACUUGUAUUGCAGUGUACAAAUACUUUCCAAACCAUUGACUUCGGGUUAUGCCUACGGAUUUCUAGGGCAUGCUAUUUUUUUGAAUACUAUUUUAUAUUCGUUUAUUAGACAUUUAAAGAUUUUGGUUUAUUUGUUUAAGGCGUUAGAAUACCUAAAAAUCCGUAAAUAUGUUUGCUGCUUGUGAUGUGUAUUUAAGUUAUCCCUUAUAUAUGUACGAAAGCUUUUUUGUUAUUUGUUCAAUACAAAUCGGUUUAUUAUAUGGAAGACACGAACAAAAAUAUAUGUUAAUUAUAUAUAUAAAAUAUUUUAAAUACAUUUUUAUUUGAAACGAUUGCGAGUCAUUGUCAUGAUGCGAUAUAGACACCUUUUCCGUAUGUAUGUUUGCUCAGAAUAUAUGUGGUUUGUUAGUGGUAGGUGUUGCGAAUAAUUUAAAGUUUAAUUUUACAAACAUUUUAUUAAGCAAUAACGGGUAAGUUAUGGAUUAAUUAGUGUUAAAGUUACAAUUCCUGCUCUUUUCAAAAA